UUUUUUCUUUAUUAUUAUUAUUCACCUGUCAAAAUGCUCGCCCUUUUUAAACUUGUAAGUAACAACAAUGGUAUAGUUGCCCUUGAAAUUUGAAAUACCACAAACAAUUUCAAUCCCCUACAUCAAAACAAACACCAGUCGUCACAACCCAACCCCAGUUAUUACAGUACCUUUAUUUUCCUUUUUUCCGUAACUAGGUUUCACCAAGGUUGUUUUUUUUCCACUCUUUGCCCCCCACCCUCAACUGUUUCCCAGCUGUAACUUCGGUGAAACCGAUGCUGGAAGUCUAUACUUCCCCGGAAACCCCUCUUGAGAACCCGGAGGGAGGCGCCGCCGCGGUCUCCGAGGGGAUGAAAGCGGAGGACGGCGAAGGCGGUGACCGGAAUUCCGCCGCGAGUCGGUGGCCUAAAGAGGAGACAAUGGCCUUGCUCAAGAUAAGGUCUGACAUGGACGUUGCUUUCAGAGAUACAAACCCCAAAGCCCCUCUCUGGGACCAAGUCUCAAAGAAAUUAGCGGAGGCGGGUUAUAACAGGAGUGCGAAGAAGUGCAAGGAGAAAUUCGAGAACAUUUACAAGUACCAUAGGAGAACCAAGGAAGGUCGUUGUGGCAAAUCCAACGGUAGCAAGACUUAUAGAUUUUUCGAGCAAUUGGAAGCUUUAGAAGGACACCACUCACUUCUGACUCCCUCUGUAAGCGCUCCAGAAACAACAACGACGACGACGACGACCCACGUGCCCGACAACAACACCAACGUUGAUGUUAUUUUAGAUGCGGUUCCGUGUUCCGUGAGUGCAUACGUGGGGGAGCAUUCUAGUUCGACGACUUCGUGCUCGGGGAAGGGGUUUAGGAAGAGGAAGCUGACGCAGUUUCUGGAGGGGUUGAUGAGGGAAGUGAUAGAGAGGCAAGAGACGCUGCAGAGGAAUUUCAUGGAGGUGUUGGAGAGGUGCGAGAAGGAUCGAAUGGCGAGGGAGGAAGCGUGGAAGAAGGAGGAGCUGGCGCUGAUCAAGAAAGAGCGGGAGCUUCUGGCUCAGGAGCGGUCCAUCGCCGCGGCUAAAGAUGAAGUGGUCCUUGCUUUUCUAAGAAAGUUCACCCAAGCUGAAGGCAUGGUGCAGUUGCUGGAGAAAAUCCAGGGUGAAAACAACAGCCACAGGGACAUCCAGCAAAGUGGGAAUAUCAAUGUUACUGCUAAUGGAGGUGGUGAUAGUGAUGUGAGUGAUAUGGAUAAGCGAGAGUGUGGGAAUAAUAUGAGUGUUAGGAAUUUGGUGCAUAUGAGUAGUUCGCGGUGGCCGAAGGAUGAAGUGGAGGCUUUGAUAAGGUUGAGGAGUCAACUUGAUGUGCAGUCCCAAGGGAACAACAAUAGUAGCAGUAAUGGUGUGUCGAAGGGGCCACUUUGGGAGGACAUAUCUUCGGCCAUGAAGGGUCUCGGGUACGAUCGCAGUGCGAAGAGGUGCAAAGAGAAAUGGGAGAACAUAAACAAGUAUUUCAAGAGGAUGAAGGAGAAGAACAAGAGGAAGCCUCAGGAUUCGAAAACCUGUCCCUAUUAUCACCACCUGGAGGUUUUGUACAGCAAGAAGCCUAAGAGGGUUGAUGUGAAUGAUUUUGGGAAGGAGUUGAAGCCGGAGGAGCUGUUAAUGCAUAUCAUGGAGAGUCAAAGUCAAGAAGAGAGACAACCUGAGCAACAACAGGGACAGAGUGAGUCAUCGUCUGAAGAGGGGGAGAAAGAUCAAAAUGGGUUUCAGAAUGUGAUGGUUGAAAAUACUCCUUCCAUAGCAAUCAUGAUGAGUUAAAAGAUUAGUAAUGUCCAGAGAUUCUUUAUUGCUAAAAAUUGAACUUCUUCUCUGACAACCAACAUGGGUUCCUUUGACUUUCCAAUCAUUUAUGGAAUCUGGGUGGAAGUCAUGAAGGAGGAGGAGUAGGUUUAGUUUAGGUUGUGUUGUUGGUGGCCUCCGGUGGUAAUAGUAAAUAGGAAUGAAUCUGAAGGGUGUUGUUUUUGUAUGUAUUACACUGUCUCUUUUGUAAUUUUCAUCAUAUUUUUUGGGGGAAGGAACACGCGAACAGAGAAAAAGAAAAAGAAAAGAGAGGGAUUUGACUGUGUAAAAAAUAAAGUGACUGGGCGUGUUAUUUAAUAGUGAGUAAUUUUUUCCCUAGAAGUUUGCAAACCCAUGUGUGGUCAGGUGGGAGAGGGUUGGAUUUGUUUGGUAGUGACAAUAAAGAAUGGCACACUGUACUUUCCCAUCACACCCUAGUUAGAGCUGAACUGCAACCAUAAUGAAAGUGCAUUUUUGUUUUA